AUGUUGCCAUAUUAUCAAUACAGAUACGACAUUCCAUGCCACGAUAAACUAUUAACAAAAGGAACAAGAAUCAUAAUACCCAAGGUUCUUCAGAAGGAAUGUUUAGAUUACAUUCACACCGGUCAUUUUGGUACUACGAAAUGCAGGGAGAGCGCAAAGAUGUCUGUUUGGUGGUUCGGUAUAUCCAUACAAAUUGAAAAUGUGGUUAGAAAUUGUCCGAGAUGUGUUGAAGAACGACGAAAUCCUGAAGAAACGUCUUUAAAAGAACCAAUACCCGAUAAGCCUUGGCAAAGGGUAGCUGCAGAUUUGUUUAAAUUAAAAAAGUGGUAUCUCAUAAUCAUCGAUUAUUAUUCGCGUUUUUUUGAGAUCUUUGAGUUAACCCACAUGAGAGAAGAUACUAUUAUAGGUAAAUUUAAACAAACCUUUUCACGUUACGGGAUACCAGAAGUUGUACGUACCGACAAUGGUCCUCAAUUUCAAACUACUUUUAAGAAUUUUGCAAUGACUUAUAAAUUCAAACAUAUUACUAGCAAUCCAUAUUUUCCACAAUCAAAUGGUUGUGCCGAAAGAGCUGCUGCAAUAGCAAAACAGUUAUUAACCAAGAACCAAGAUAUUUAUAUGGCGUUGCUGGCGUAUAAAAGUACUCCAUUGGAAAGCGGAUUCACCCCGUCAGAGUUAUUAAUGUCGCGAGGAUUAAGAACUAACUUACCUAUGAUUGAAAAGAAAUUAAACGAAACCGUUAAUGUAGCAAAUUUUUGA